GGCGAAGCACCAUGGUUCUACUGGACGUAGGCUUCCCCACGGGUAUGGAGGGAGAUAUUACAUCAAUUGACAAGAACGCAGCCCCAACAUUCAAGCAAGCAGAGCCGAAUGGUGAAAAUAUAGAGAUGUAUUUUGACUAUGUGACAGAUGAGGCAAUGUGUGUCACUAUUUCGGUGUUCAGGAGUAGUAUAGUGGCUAAUGCAAAAGAGGUACCUGUGACAGUCUCGGAUUAUUACGAGACAGCGAACACUCUGACUGUGUUUUACAAGUCGCAGGUAAUGAGCAACGCUACACCAGAAGAUGUGUGCCUCAAUCGUGAUUGUUUUUGAUGAGAAAGAACAACAAAAAACUAAAGGGUUUGCUAGAACAAAAGUGUUCGUUACAGAAAAAUAAAAUAAAAUUGA